GAAGAAGAAAAUAGACAGUGAGUGAACUCUGCAACCUAACCUAAAUGAUUUGUGGUGAUGGCUAUGUUUAGAGCUCUGGGUAGAAAUUUGCCCUAUUUAAAGCAGCAAUUCGGAGCUUUACUAGGGAAUACCAGCACGUCAGUGCAGUUUAUCUGCGGAGUGGUUCUAGUUAGCUACGGGCUUUCCUACUGGGACGAUGCCGUGGAAGUCAUUUCAAUUACCCCCGGAUAUAUUAUGCCUCCGACGAGGAUCUGGUCCCUAUUCACGUUCUGUUUCAUGGAAAUUCACUUCUGGGAAGUCCUGGUCGAUGUUAUAACCGUCGGACUGUGUGGAAAACUGAUCGAGCCUCUCUGGGGCCCAUUGGAGAUGAUGACCUUUUUUGCUCUCACUAACUUCGGAGUGGGCAUUCUCACUACUACUUUCUACUUUGUUUUAUACUACUGUUUCAAUGAUACGAGAUAUCUGUACAGUGUGUACAUACAUGGCUUGGCUGGAUACAUUGCUGGAGUGUCAGUGGCAGUGAAGCAAAUAAUGCCAGACUUGGUCAUCAUGAAGACUCCUCUGGGCAAAUUGAGCAACAGGAAUAUACCACUCACCGUAUUCUUCUUAUCUGUGAUCUUGAAACUUGUUGGACUAGUCGACGGUACUUAUCCAACAAUGUAUUUUUGGGGCAUGAUCGUUAGCUGGGUGUAUUUGAGGUUUUAUCAGAAGCACAGCAGUGGUUCUAGAGGCGACAUGGCUGACUAUUUUACUUUUGCAAGUUUUUUCCCUAACGUAAUUCAACCCCCGAUAGCUGUGGUAAGUAACAGCAUAUACAAUGCUCUUGUUAGGGUGGGCGUUUGCAAGAAAAGCAUCCGGAAAUUCGAUAUGGCCAACCCUUCAGGAGUCACCAUAUCUGUUCCUAAUGUGGAUCAGCAUGACAUGGAGCGCAGAAGGCAAAUUGCACUGAAAGCACUCAGCGAACGAUUGUCCAAGUCGUACAGCGACCGGCAGCCAUUAUUGCCGUUGACUUCACCCUCAAGUGGAAUGACAAAAGUGUCUUUGCCCCCGACAGUCAUGCAAAGCACCGCAGCAGCUUCCCUAACAUCACAAGUCCAUCACCAUCAGCAACAACAAAGCACGUCCGCAUCAAUUCCCUCGACAUCAAGCUCAAGCAUACCGAACCCGCCAGGUACUUAGUUGAUAAGACUUGAUGCGGUCAUUUUCCAAAUAAGCUAAAUUUCUUAUUUUCAAUUAAAGCCCAAGUCUAAAUAGCUGUAAGCCAAGGCAACGAUGGCCCCAACUGUGUUAACUAAUUAAGUUCUCUAAGGGAAUGCAUCGUACUCAGCCAAAGAUUAGCUCUAAUGGCAAGAAAGUGCGGACUUGAAACUAACAGUUAUUUUCGCUAAACCCGAUUCUAAGGGGUGAUCUUUCAUCAUUUUACCUCUAUAACGGCCCUUAUAGACAAAUGUUCAAUAGGUUUAAAAAAAGGAAUAAGGAAUUGUAAUUAGGCGCAAGUUUCGGGCCCCGUCCUGCUUGGAGCACACUUACCUAAAUUAUCCAAAAUAAAUCGAAGCCCUUGCAUGAAAACGUGGGCAGUAUCAUUUGGCUCAGUUCGUUUAAUCUUGUAGAUAAUUAUGUAAGAUUCAGAGAACGUAAGAUAAAAAUACUAUAUGAUUGUUAACUUUAUUUUUUAAUAUAUUAAUUAAUUAAAAUAAA